AUGUAUACUCCACAAGUACCCAUCGCUGCAGUUCCAGCGCAAAGGAGCAGAAAUGGCUUAUGGCCUUUGCUUGCUAUUUGCUGCUUGGCCUUAGUAGGUUUUCUGGUAGCAGCUACAAUAGUUCUCGCUCUCAUUCCAGUUUAUUUACCAAGAAAAGGUGCAAAUACCGAUUUACAAUCACAGCGACCAGUUGUUAUUGUAUACAGUACACCAGCUACUGCUAAUAGCGUAUUCACUGGAACGUUUCCAUCGUCAAACAAUGCCGCUGUUGCGAGACAAUUAGAAAAACAAUUAGGAUUAGCUAAUGGUACACUUACGAUUGACAGUAUCUCUAGUGUCGGCACUUCAAGUCGACGAAAGCGUUUUUUGCUUUCCAAAAGACAAAAUCAUUUUUCAAAUCGAUUGCGCAUGGGUUGCCAUCAAAAUUACGAUCGAGGAUGUACAGCUAGUUGUCGCAACAAACAGCAACAACAUUUUGAACAAGUAGUAACAACUAUAAUUCAAAUAUCAAUUGUAUUGGUACUGCCUAAUGGUCUAAUAAUAACAUUUGAAUUAACAUUUAUUUCAGUGCAAUUUUCAGGAGGUAUUAGUAUUGGUCCCUUCGGAGGAGCGCCGGGUACUGAUGUACCGGUAAUUGGAUCAAGUGAAGGUGCAGGGGGUGCUACAAAUGCGCCAAUCGGAUCAGUUCAAACCAAUGUUCAACCUGCUACUACUGCACUAUCUAACACGGCAAUAGCUUCAAAUCCUGCCCAAACAAGUGAGAUACUUUGCUGCUUGUUGAUCUAUGUCAUCGUCAGUAAAAACGAAAUGCCUUGAAUGUAUAUUGAAUAAGGUUUACUGGGAAAGUGGUACUAAUGAAGGAACCUCUCGCCGUGUUUAAUCGCUUUUGAGCCGAUAUUUUCCCCGCAGGUAGAGGAUCUCUAGACUAGAAUAACCUUAAGUUGGUUUGUAUGUCUGAAUCUCUGGAGUCGAGUUACGAAUUAUGAAAACUUUUUGCCAAAAAAACUAGAGAUCUUGAAAUUCAUUUUAAAAAUUUUUCAACCACACCGGUCGACAGACCGUUCAGUUCCGCAAAACACAAGACGUCAACCAACUUUUCAUCACCUUUAAUGACUGCGUUAUAAGCUUUCUAAAAUUAUUGAUAUAAAUUCUUUGAGGUGUUUGGACUCAAUGCUAGAUUUUUCAACCCCUUCGUGUUUUCUUUAUUAUUUUUCAAUGCAACCAUCAAUUUGGUGAACUUCAAUUAAAUGAACGCUCAGUUCACAUACCCACAUCAUUUUGUUCAAAAUUUUCUUUCAUAUGUUGAAUUCGCGGAAAACUUCCAUCUUUGAGAUCUGUGUGACAAAAAUGUCGAUCCUCCAAAAGCAGAG